UCUCCUCUCUCCAUCUGUUUCUCUCUAUCUUCCCCCUUCUCUCCAUCUCUCUCUGUGACAUUUUGGGGUACAGAGCAAAGGCUGUCUGUUUAGUCUUUCAUUCAUCUCACUGUCUUUUCUCUUCAUCCCUUGUUAAUCUCUGGCUGCAUCCCAAGUAGGGCAUCUUUCCUUCAUUCCUUUCUCUCCUCUCAUUCCUUGUUCUUUCUCUCGUGGACUUGAGAGCAUAAUAGAUUAAGACACACUGCAGUCAUGACUGCUGCAGGGAGAAGAAGCUGCUGCAGUGUGUGUGUUCGGCUGUAUAUGUGUGUUGGCCAUGUGUGUUUGGCUGUGUGUGUGUGUGUGUGAGUUAGGCAGUGUGCGUGUUUGGCCGUGUGUGUCUUUGUCAGUGGCGGGAGCCUCUUAAAGGGACACCCUGCCUGCAUUGAUCUGGCGGCUGGUAAACCUGCAGUGGCUCAGAAUAGCAACACAGCACUGCAGCUUCGACGCUCUCCUUCUCCUCCCUCCUUUCAUCCUCUGUCUGUCGCUUUCUUUAACACACUCCUCUCCUAUUUCUGUCGCUUUCUCUGACAUCUUUUUUUAUCUACUCAUCCUCUCCACUCUUCCCCUCUUUCACCAUCUCUCUCUCUCGCUCACCUGGUAUUGGUCUGGUAAUCUAUGGAGUAACGCGGGACCGCGGACUAAAGCCCUGAGUCAGUCAGUUAGGGGGAGAGAGUGGUUGAGUCAUCAGUGUUGUGCUUAGACUAGAGGACAGACGGUCAGUCGGUAGGGAUCUCCUUUGCAACUCGUUUCAAAACAGGAGGGAAAGUCACUGCCCGUGCGGGUUCGGGGGCUCUCACCAUGGCUGCAGCAUUUCAAGACUUCCAGAGGAGUGAGUCGGACCGGCUAAACGAGGUCAAGGGUCAUCUAGAGAUUGCCUUAUUGGAGAAACACUUCCUACAAGAAGAAUUGAGGAAGCUACGAGAGGAAACCAAUGUGGAGAAGCUAAAGGAAGAGCUGGAGAGAGAGAGAGGGAAGAGGCUCGAUCUCGAACUGAGGAUGAACGAGGUGCUAAAAUCCAGGUUGGAAGACUCGCCGCCACAGCCUGCCCGUAAACCCCCGUCUCCAACGCCUGCUGCCAAUGGCAAAGACACAGACAAAGACAAGCCGCUGCAGGGGGAGACCCUGUACUUGCGGGCGUGGAGGUGGCUCUACGACAGGGUGGGGGUCUACAUAGAAGACUUCCGCUUCGUCCCAGAGGAGAACACUGUGGAGGCUGAGGAACCACUAAGUGCUAAAAGGCUAACAGAAAACAUGAGGCGACUCAAGCGAGGAGCCAGACCUGUCACUAACUUCAUGAGGAACCUCUCAGCCUUAUCCAACUGGCACUCAGUGUACACCUCAGCUAUUUCCUUCAUAAUCUACAUGAACGCUGCGUGGCACGGCUGGGCCAUCCCAAUGUUCCUCUUCUUGGCCAUCCUGAGGCUCUCCUUGAAUUACCUCAUUGCUAAAGGUUGGAGGAUUCAGUGGAGCAUUGUGCCGGAUAUUACGGAUCCUAUAGAACCGUCAAAGGAUGACUUGACUGUGUCUGAAAAGUUCCAGUUAGUGCUUGAUGUUGCACAAAAAGCACAGAACCUUUUUGGUAAGAUGGCGGAUGUAUUGGAGAAAAUAAAGAACCUGUUCAUGUGGGUGCAGCCUGAGAUCACUCAGAAGCUCUACAUAAGCCUGUGGGUUGCCUUCCUCUCCUCCUGCAUACUGCCCUAUAAACUCGUGGGCUUCAUGAUUGGGCUGUAUGCAGGGAUCAAGUUCUUCAUCAUAGACUUCUUGUUUAAGAGCUGUCCCAAGCUGAGGGACAAAUAUGACACACCUCACAUCGACUGGAACAACCUACCAACUGAUCCACAGCUGAAGGAGAGGACCAACGCUACUAUGUCCCGACGGCUGUCUGGGUCUGAGAAGAUUCAGCCUGUGGUGGCUAGAGGUAGCCUAGCAACCGUCCCGUGCGGUGUAAACCUGGAUGGUGACAGCACCAGGAUUCAUAGCACCAAGAAGGGAGCCUUUCAUGAGAUAUUCAACGUCUCAGAAAAUGAGCGCCCUCUACCAGUGUGUGAGAAUGGGUGGAGGUGCUGCCUCAUCAACAGAGACCGGAAGAUGCCAACAGACUACAUACGAAACGGCAUGCUCUACGUUACAGAGAAUUAUCUGUGCUUCGAGAGCUCCAGUUCCAAAUCGGCCUCCUCCAAGAAGAAUAAGGUCAUUAAACUGGUGGACGUCACAGAUAUCCAGAAGUACAAAGUGCUGUCUGUCUUACCUGGGUCUGGAAUGGGAAUCUCCAUAGCCACUCCCUCCACACAGAAGCCUCUGGUGUUUGGUGCCAUGAUCCAUCGAGACGAGGCCUUCGAGGCAAUCUUCACCCAGUACAUGAAGAUCAUGACCACCUCCAGACCACCCUCGGGCAGCCCUGAGCUGUAGCCCUGCUAUCCCCAUGGACAGAGGCCUGGGCUGGGGUCAGGGCUGGGCCACCUACCCCUGAACCCUCCCUCGCUGGAGGAAAGACAAUUGGGGAAAGUGACGGGACACACACCUCUUCUCCUCCCUCUCUUAUCUACAGUGACUGGACAAUCUUCUCUUCUUUUAUGACUGAGAGGUGUCUGUGCGCGCGUGUGUCUGUGCGCGCGUGUGUCUGUGCGCGCGUCUGUGUCUGUGCGCGCGUCUGUGUGCG